AUGCUGCAGCAUGCGAGUAUUGACACCUUUGUUCGGCACUACAGCGUGGGUAUUCAUGUGGACGCUCAGGCAAUUGUAAGGGGCCUGCCCGCCCAGAAGCAGCUCAUGCGGUUUGCCUGCUCAAUGAGUCGGUCCAUUGAUCCUCGGAGACCAUACCGGCUAGAGGACUCGAGGUGUCUCAAUGACAUUCCUCACGUGCGUUCCUUGGAAGAGAGGAAGCAGGCGCGCUCACGGAUCCGAGAUGUCAAGAAGCGUACCUACGAAAAUGCGCAGGCUGCAUUUCAGCGAGAAUUCGGUGAUGAUCCCCCGCAGAAGAGUCCUGCAACCCAGGGUUUCCGAAGAAUUCACAAGCGGUGGAGAACUCAAAAGAAAAACGUGGAGAAAUUGUGCCAGAAAUACGAUCGCGCAGAGGACCUGUUUCAGCACUCAGUGAGGCAGUUGAGAAAUGAGAAGAGAAGGCAAAAGCACCGCUUGAUCCGCGAGAACCUAGAGCGGUACAAAGAGGAGCAGCCAGUGAUAGAUAGCGAGCGGCAGCUUGCCGGAAAGGUUGUUGAUGAAGAAGUUAUGGGUGCGUUGCAGCGUACAGGCUAUAUGACACCGCAGCAUAUGACGCUUAUCGACAGUGUCUUGACUAUGCCAGGGAAGACAGUCGAGAAAGAAACCGAACGCCGAAUUGCUGCAAUCAAUGCGGUGAUUGCUGUCUGUGAUGCGGAAGAAGGUGCCCCCUCGCGUCCUCCACCGCAGAAACGCCCGGUCGAUGCAGUUGAUGUGCCCGCUGCUGCCCCCGUGCCUAAGAGGCAGAGAUCUACCCUUGCAGAAGAGAGAGACGAUACUUUUUGUCAAGCCAUCGCUACUGUCUGCGUCAAAAACGAAAAGCAAAGACCAACAAUCUGCUUUAUUUGCCUUGGUAAUGCUGGGCUGCCCGAAAAGGAGCGUCUGAGAAUGUACAAGAACCCUGGUUCUCUCAGUCGGCACUUUGUCAACCGGCAUAUCAAGCCGUUCCCGAAUGAUAUGCACUGCAGGUGUAAUGUUUGCGGAGAAGGACUAGAAUCAAAAAAAUCACUCCUGAACCAUGCAGAAGGAGUGCAUGGGACUGUGUCCUGUUUGCCUUUACCAGCUCUUGGGCUACCCCUGCCAUAG